AAAGUGUUGGAAAAUGGCUGAGUUAAGUGAACAAGAUCCCUGUUCUUUUUCAAGACCAGAUUUAUGUAUUGUCACACACGCUAAUUUGAUUGUAGAAGUGGAUUUUGAGAGGAAAGUCUUGACAGGAAAAUGUGUUCUGUCAUUGAAACGAGUUGUCAAUGGAUGCGACACUGUGUUGUUGGAUACAAGAGAUUUGAAUAUAAUCAGUAUCAAUGAUGUAGAAACAGAUCAGUCACUGACGUUUUCUGUCUCAGAGAAAGUGGAUCCGUUUGGUAGCCGUCUGAUUGUUCAACUACCCCGCGAUACAAAGAGUUCAGAGUCAAAGAUCAGCAUAAACUAUGAAACAUCCCCUGCAUCCACAGCGCUACAAUGGUUAUCAGCCAAUCAAACUGCUGGAAAACGUCAUCCAUAUCUCUUCAGUCAGUGUGAGGCUAUCCACGCUCGAAGUCUUUAUCCUUGUCAAGAUACACCUUCCGUCAAGUUUCCCUAUAGUGCUUCAGUAACUUGUAAAAAAGAGAUCACAGUAUUAAUGAGUGCCAUACGAACUGGGUCUGAAACAAGUCUAACUGACCCUACUAAAACUGUGUAUCAUUUCAAUCAAGCUAUACCAAUACCAAGUUAUUUGUUGGCUAUUGUUGCUGGGGAUCUUGAAAGCAGACGAAUUGGACCGAGAUCACAUGUUUGGUCCGAGAGAGAACUGGUUGAUAAAGCUGCCUUUGAAUUUUCAGAGACAGAACAACAGUUACAAACCGGUGAAGACUUACUGACGCCAUACGUCUGGGGACAGUAUGAUUUACUGGUCUUACCCCCCACGUUUCCCUAUGGUGGGAUGGAAAACCCAUGUCUGACUUUCGUAACCCCAACACUUUUGGCUGGAGAUAAAUCACUAGCUGAUGUAGUAGCUCAUGAAAUAACACACAGCUGGGCUGGUAAUUUGGUGACCAAUAAAACAUUCGAGGAUUUCUGGUUAAAUGAAGGUCAUACAGUAUUUAUUGAACGUAAAAUCACCUCCAGGCUUCAUGGCGGAGAACCUUUCAGACAAUUCCAACUGGCAGCUGGAUGGCAAGAAUUGAGAAAUACAGUGGAAAAUGUAUUACAUAAUGGUCCCUACACUCGACUUAUCCCUGAUUUAAAGGGCGUAGACCCAGAUGAUGCUUUCUCUAAUGUGCCCUAUGAGAAAGGAUGUGCUUUGUUAUAUUAUCUAGAAACUUUGUUAGGGGGACCAGCCGUUUUUGAACCAUUCCUGAAGGCCUAUAUCACUAUGUUUGCUAAACAGUCCAUAGAUCACACCCAAUGGAAAGAUUUCCUGUAUUCUUUCUUUCAUGACAAGAUUAGUAUAUUGGACCAAGUAGAUUGGCAGACGUGGUUUUUCGGUCAGGGUAUGCCACCAUUUACACCCAGAUUUGAUGAAAGUUUGAAAAAUGUCUGUACAACUUUAUGUGACAGAUGGAAUUCAGCUACAGAAUAUUCCACGUUCUCUCCUACUGAUUUGAAUGACAUGUUACCUGCUCAGAAAAAAGAAUUCCUCGCUGAAUUACUGGAAAAGGAUCCACAACCAAUAGAAAGACUAGAGGCUAUGAAUAGAGUUUAUGAUCUGAAUAGUGUCAUCAACUCGGAAAUCAGAUUCAAAUGGAUAAUGUUAGGUAUCAAAGCUCAUUGGGAGGAUGUCUUAACCCGAGCUUUCACCUUUAUCAAUGAACAGGGCAGAAUGAAGUUUGUUAGACCAAUAUACAGAGCCCUGAAUGACUGGGAAGAAGCCAGACAAAGAACCAUUGAUAACUUUCAGCAGAAUCGAGGUGAAAUGCACAACUUGACAGAGACUCAACUGUGUAGAGAUUUGGGACUGGCUGAAUAAAUUAUUAUAUUUUACAUUAAAAACAUAGCAAUAGAAUUAUAUUUUCAAAUAGAACUCAGAGCUAAUAGAAUACCCUACAAUGCAAUAUAGUUCUUUAAGGGGGAAUGUAAGGGGUUUUCUAAAUGUUUUAUAUGUAUUCUUGCAAUUCCACUUAAACUUUGUUAGAAUUUGGAUAUAGAUUUACUUUGUGACUAUUUUGACAUGUCUUAGAUUCAAUAACCUCUUAUAUUUUUAACAUAUUUAUUUGGCUUAUCUAUUAUUAUUGCCUUUAUCAUUUUUGUGUAGGUUUUUUUUUUUUAAUAGUCUGAAAAUUUUGUUUUGAUCUAUACAGCUUCUUGUUUAAACCACUGAUUACAUGAUAAAGUUUAUUUAAUGUCAAAUGUUAUUUUGUUGUUUUGUAAAUGAAAUAUAAUGAUUUUCAAUAAAAUCACAAAUC